AGCCUCUUUGGGCUCAGAGAUGACACGCUCUUUUUGAUUACGAACUUUUUGUGAACUAUGGGCUGCGGCGCCUCGGCGGAACGUCGUUCUGCGCCUUCCGCGUCGUUCCACGGCCCCACGGCGAUGGAGCUCCAAGCCUUGAUCCAGAGCUACCGACUCCGCAUCGUCCAGGUCCAACGUUGCGACGUCCGUCAGGCCCACUCCAUCCCCGAGCGACGUCAUGCUGAACGUCUCCAUGCCGCUGCCGAUGCGGUCGCCCGGCCCACGGCCGCGUGCCGUGCAUCGUGCACAACCUGCGUGGACGAGCACGACAUGCGGGGAGAAGCGGCAGAGUCGCGGUGCACUGGAAGCAGCCAGCAAAGUCUCAGUGCAGUGCUGCCGUGUUGCACAGUCGAUAUGGACCAGGAGAUGGUGAUGGACGAGGCUUUGUUGGAGCUUUCAAGCUCUUAUGACACCUUGCACUGGCCAAAGCCUUGUGCAUCUGGCGUGUUGGCUCCUCCAAUGCCUCCAAAUCGAAGCCUUCAUGAGUGGCAUUUGGCCAAACUGGAGCUGUACAUUGGCAAGAUUGAGAAGGAUCCCCGGAAGCUCGCCCACACCGCCGAAGCGAAGCGCAGCUUACAUGCGCUGCGCCUUGAACGGAAUCCAGCAUAUUCGCCAGAGGAAGGACGAGGACCUCCACUGCCCAGACCAGAUCCAGCGGGAGAAUUGCCGAGUAAUACGCAGCUUCCUGGUAUGAACUUCCCGGAACUGCUCUCAUAGCUGCCCGCGAGUCCUGCAAGUCUGAGCAUGACAAUCCGCAUUCGACGCGAGAUUUUGACGCCAUGCACAGGGGGUGAAGAGCUCCAC